GGAUGGAUCUCUUACAUCAGCUGUCGCACUGCCCCGGUUUCUUCCCAUCGUGUCGGUUCCUACUUCCCUUUUCCACAUGGGACACCAUCCAUUUCUCCUUUUAGACUUUGCUUUUUAGCUUUCUCCUCCCGUUCUCUUCUGCUACUAUUCUCCUCUCCCUUUGCCCUCUCGAAGGUGCGAAGAUGCUGAAGCGACUGCUAACGAAGAGCAAGAAGAAGGCCCCCUCGGCCCUCUCGACCUUAGAUCGUCUCCACGAGCUGCUCGAAACGUUGGAGAAGAAAGAGCAUGUUCUUCAAAAGAAAAUCUCUAUAGAAGUAGAAAAGGCUAAGGAUUACACAAAAGUGAAAAAUAAAAAAGCUGCUAUUCAAUGCUUAAAGAAAAAGAAGUUAUAUGAAGCACAGAUAGAACAGCUGGGGAAAUUCCAGUUGCGAGUUCAUGAUCAGAUGAUUACGCUCGAAGGGGCAAAGGCAACUACAGACACCAUAGAUGCUUUGCGAACAGGAUCAUCUGCUGUUAAGUCCAUUCAACAGUCGCUGAGUGUUGAUGAUAUAGAGAAGACCAUGGAACAAGCAAAUGAGCAUUCAGAAAAUAUGAGGCAGAUACAGGAGGCGCUUGCAACGCCAGUGGGUGCUGCAGCUGACUUUGACGAGGAUGAACUUGAAGCUGAGCUUGAAGAGCUUGAAGAAGAAGAAUUGGAAGAAGAGAUCCUCCAGCCACCUUCUGCAGUCCCUGCAGCACCAUUGCCCAAUCAGAGUCAACCCAACACGGAAUCCCCACAUCCAGCCAGUGACGUGGAUGAAUUGGCUGCACUUCAGGCAGAAAUGGCUCUGUAGCUUAAGGAUGCAUAUCGGCAUGGGUUUCAAGGUCUCUUCAUUUAUCUGGCUAUCCAUCUCAAACCUUGCUUCUGAUCCUUAUGAUAUUGGCCCCGACUCUCAGGCUUUGUUGUACAUAAAUAUUAGACAAAUAGAACCUGACUAACUACACCUGUAUCAAUAUUGACCUCAAUGUAUUAAUGCUUGAGUAAAUGAACUUUGUUGCCUCCUAUUACUUUUAA